AUGCGCGAGAAAGUUAUCCAAAUAGAUUUCUUCUGGGUCAAGGGAAUGUCUGACGAUUUCGACUAUCAUUAUUACGAUUACGGGAGCGAAAGUCGUAUCGAUUACAACAGCAGCUUAUUUUUCCACAUUCCCUCGGGACCGAGUUUCGCUCGUAUCAUCCUCGUCGUUCUAUUACGAGCUGGCUUUGUUCUUAUACACAUUGGUAGCGUGCCAGUGAACAAUGUUAAUUUAAUUCUACUGCAGAACAUCGUUGAUUUCUGUUGGGUAACGAUCGUUUACUUUCUAUUGGGAACCGUAAUCGCCUAUAACGGCGACGUAAACGGUGUGGUAGCCGAAGGGUAUUGGAUCGGUGAUGUAAUCGUCGAUAAGGAUGAAGCCAUAAUUGGUUGGUCGGCAGUGGUAAUUGCAGCUGCAAUUUGCACCUGCGGAAUCGUGGGUCGGACGCAUACCAUCGGCUACCUUGUCACAGGAUUUCUGUUGGCCGGUUUCUUGCAACCGUUCUUGAUCCAUUGGAUUUGGACGCCCGAAGGAUGGAUGAGAGAGUAUACAUUGGACGGAAGAGAUGUGAAAUUUCUAGAUUACGCUGGAUCAGCGAUUGUUCAUCUCGUUGGUGGAUUAUCAGGAUUCAUAGGAUGCGCGAUACUUGGACGAAGGAUACUCCGUUUGAACAGUAUAGAUGACGCAAGUGUUGGUUCCAGUUCACCAGGAACCGUCUUUGCCGGUCAAUUUUUGGUAUUUAUUGGAUUACAGAGUCUCAGCAUUCCAAACGAUAACACAAUACAGCAUAAUUUUUAUAUGAAAUUGCGAUGCAACAUCUACAUCAACAAUUUGCUGGCUGCGUCAUCGUGCAGCCUGCUGGUCGUAGCUUUUCAUUUCGUGUUCGCCACAGAAGAAUUCAAUCACUGGACUGUAAUGCGAUGCGUACAAGCCAUAGUAUCCGGCUUGGUAGUAAUAUCUGCCGGGGCGGACAAUUAUUCCCCUUUGAAAGCAAUUUGCUUGGGUUCGGCCGGAAGCAUCGUCUUUUUUUUAGUGUCCAGACAAGUGUUUCAUAGCGCCCUCGAGGACUAUUGUAACAUCGUAGCUAUUCAUUUGGUCAGCUCUAUUCUAGGAAGUCUUUUAGUCCCUCUUUUCAAUAUCGACGACACGGAGGAGAUCGUGUUAGGUUUAACACAUUUUUCCUGGCAUCUGAUCUGUUUAAUCACGACGAUCGCUAUGGUAAGCAUCGUCAUGUUCGUCGCUUUUGCCUCGUUGGAAUUUUUCGGUGUACUGAGAAACAGAUCGGAGUAUCUGAAUCAUUUGAGAGCCAAUAUAGCCGCGGAAAGGAGUGGCCAGAGACCAUUCUUGCAGAGGCUCUUCCGCCUCCGCAACCAAGACGUUAUUCUUCAGCCAGGAUCGAUGCCCAAUCCUGAUCAACAAUUAGCAGUUUGAUGGAACUAAUGGCCCUUGCAGACGUCGCGAUGAAAUUUCGAAAAUAGGGUAGA